GGCCCCUCAUACACCCCACCUCGGACCCAGCAGUGUCCCUGCGGGGCCCCAGAACCCGGCUCUUACCCGGCCGUGACAGGAUUUGCGGGGCCCCUGGAUACCCCGGGCCCGAACACGGCUCUGCGGGGCCCCUCCUCGGGCCACCCGGCCGCUGUACACCCAUUUACGCUCAGCUUGUGUCCGGGUGCAGUAUGCAGCUGCCAUUAUUGCCCCAGCGGCUGCCCCCUCCUCUGAUCACCCCGGGCAUCUGAAGCCCCCGCAGGACCGUCAGGUGCCCUCACUCCCUGCAAACCGUGGCUCUUCUAUGAAGGUAAAAGACUUUGUUCGGACAGUAAUGACCGCACGUUUUCGGUUGCCUGCUGGCAGAACCUACAAUGUACGAGCGACAGAGCAGGAACGAGACCGACAGAGCGCAGAGGUGGUCUGCAAUCUCCUCCUCCUGGACAACACUGUGCAAGCCGUCCGUGUAAAUAAACAUGACCACGGGCGAGUCCUGCUAGACGCGGUGUUUAAGUUCCUCGAUCUGACCGAGAGAGACUAUUUCGGAUUGCAGCUGGCUGACGAUUCCUGCGAGAACCCCCGAUGGUUGGACCCAAAUAAACCCAUCAGAAAGCAGCUAAAAAGAGGAUCUCUGCAUCACCUGAGCUUCAGAGUCAAGUUCUUUGUUUGCGACCCGAGCAAACUGCAAGAGGAGUACACGAGAUACCAGUAUUUCCUGCAGAUAAAACAAGACGUUCUCAGCGGGAGGCUGCCCUGUCCCUAUAACACCGCGGCCCUCUUGGCGUCGUACGCAGUUCAGUCUGAACUGGGUGACUACAGUAAUUCGGAGCACUUGCCCGGCUACCUGAGCGACUUCACGUUCAUCCCAAACCAACCCCUGGAUUUCGAGAAAGAAAUAGCAAAACUGCAUCAGCAGCACAGAGGCCUGACUCCAGCGGAGGCGGAAUUCACGUACCUGAACACGGCGCGCACACUGGAGCUGUACGGAGUGGAGCUGCACUACGCGCGGGAUCAAAGUAACAAUGAGAUUCUGAUCGGCGUCAUGUCGGGGGGAAUAUUAAUUUAUAGAAACAGGGUACGCGUCAACACCUUUCCAUGGUUGAAGAUCGUAAAAAUUUCUUUUAAGUGCAAACAGUUUUUCAUCCAACUCCGGAAAGACGUGAACGAGCACCGAGAGACCGUGAUGGGGUUCAACAUGGUGAACUAUCGCGCGUGCAAGAACGUGUGGAAGGCGUGCGUGGAGCAUCACACCUUCUUCCGCAUGGACGUCCCGCUCCCCCCGCAGAAGAACUUCUUUACGCAGUAUUUCACCCUGGGCUCCAAAUUCCGGUACUGCGGGAGGACGGAAGCCCAGUCGGUGCAGUACGGGAAGGAGAAGGCCAAUAAAGACCGGGUAUUUGCCAGAUCUCCAAGUAAACCGUUGGCGCGGAAGCUGGCCAGCGAAAUGGACUGGGAGGUGGUGAGCCGGACCUCGCUGUCUAACGAAAGACUGGAGACCAAAAGCCUGCCCUCCCGCUCGCCCCCCGGGACCCCCAAUCACCGGAACUCCACCUUCCCCCCGGAGCGCUCUCGCCUGCGCCCAUCGUCCGUCGGGCAUUUGGUUGACCACCUGAUUCACGCGUCUCCCAGAGAAGUCUUCGCUAACCACAGAUCUCCGUCCUCCACGCAAGCGAACAGCAUCGUCCUGGACUCUCCUCUGUCCCAAGAUAACGUGGAUGCCGCCCCCCCUGCGCUGCCGCCAAAGCAAUCGAAAAAGAGCGGCUCCAACCAGAUUUACCAAUCUGAGCCAGAGCUCGACAACCACGUCAACGAAGCCUUCGACCCGUCCUGGACCCCCGAAAAAUCUGCCCCAAACGGCCUCGCGUCUCACGAUAAUCUGGUGCUGAUCCGAAUGAGACCGGACGAAAAUGGACGCUUCGGCUUCAAUGUCAAGGGUGGUUUUGAUCAGAAAAUGCCAGUUAUCGUGUCCAGGGUGGCUCCAGGAACCUCUGCCGACUUAUGUGUUCCGCGUCUGAACGAAGGGGAUCAGGUUGUGCUGAUCAACGGGCGCGAUGUGUCGGAGCACACGCAUGAUCAGGUGGUCAUGUUUAUCAAGGCAAGCUGCGAGCGGCACUCAGGGGAGCUCGUCCUUCUGGUCCGGCCGAACGCUGUGUACGACCUGGUGGAGGAGAGAAUAGAGAACGAGCCUGACUUCCAGUACAUACCGGAGAAGACCCCCAUGGACGGCGGCCCCUCCAACGGCGACGCGCUGCGGGAAUCCAUGAUCCAGCUGGCGCAGGGGCUGCACGACGGGACGGUCCUCGCACAGUUUGAUCAACUUUACCGGAGAAAACCCGGAAUGACCAUGUCUUGUGCCAAAUUACCUCAAAAUAUUUCCAAAAACAGAUACAGAGAUAUUUCGCCUUAUGAUGCCACGCGGGUCAUUUUGAAAAGCGGCGACGAUUACAUCAACGCCAACUAUAUCAACAUGGAAAUCCCUUCUUCCAGUAUAAUUAACCGAUACAUCGCGUGCCAGGGGCCGCUGCCUCACACGUGCCCGGACUUCUGGCAGAUGACCUGGGAGCAGGGCUCGUCCAUGGUGGUGAUGCUGACCACGCAAGUGGAGCGGGGGAGGGUGAAGUGCCACCAGUACUGGCCGGAGCCGACCGUCGUGUCCGAAUUCGGGAAUUUCCAGAUCUCGUGCCACGCGGAGGACGGGAACCCGGCGUACGUGUUCCGGGAGAUGACGCUCACCAACCUGGAGAAAAGCGAAAGCCGCCCGCUGACGCAGGUUCAAUACACGGCGUGGCCGGACCACGGGGUCCCCGACGACUCCAGCGACUUCCUGGCCUUCGUGUGCCUCGUGCGGCAUAAGAGGUCUCAUCACACCGAGCCGGUGGUCGUCCACUGCAGUGCUGGGAUUGGCCGGACGGGCGUUCUGAUAACCAUGGAGACGGCGAUGUGCCUGAUGGAAUGUAACCAGGCCGUGUACCCGCUGGAUAUCGUCCGGACAAUGCGAGACCAGAGGGCGAUGAUGAUCCAGACUCCGAGUCAGUACCGGUUCGUCUGCGAGGCCAUCUUGAAAGUCUACGAAGAGGGGAUCGUUAAGCCCCUGAAGAACGACACUUCGUAAACGGCGGCCUGCGGGGUGCUUUGGGUACAAAUGAAGAAAUCCCUUCCCGCGGCGGGGAGCGGAGCGGACGGCGCUCGGAGGGCCACCUCCUCCGGCUGGCGGGUUUCGCUGGCCCAGGGAAGGCGUCUGAUGGAUUUUGAAAACUUCAGCACUGUUGCACUUUAUGUUGAAACAAACAAAAGAAAAAAAUAGAAACAUAUAUUUCUCA